CAUAUCAGUGGAGGCGAACUGAACCGGGCUCUGGGAGGCGUAGCUUGACAUAACCUUAGCCAAAUUGACAUCUCGACCUUGUUUCUGGCGUAAUUGUCACUACACAAACGGAAAAUAAAUGACUAAAUGCACCCAGGAUCACAUUGAAAGAUACCUGUGAAAGCUCUUGCUUCCCACCCAAAUGUCACAGUGACAGGGGCGGGCGGAGGCAGAGCCCGUUGCCCCGGCCCCUUUGCCCAACUGCAGAGCAGCCCCUGGCAGGGAGCACACCCUCCCAUUCCAGUCCUCUGGGUGGCACCUUGAGCCAUGGAGCACCCACGGGAGAAAGAGGGUGAGAGACCUGCACGCAGCAGCAAGGCAGGUCAGGGGCGCAGCGGGCACUCGCGCCCCUCGGGAUCAGGCUCCUCUGGAGUGCUCAUGGUGGGGCCCAACUUCCGUGUGGGCAAGAAGAUCGGCUGUGGUAACUUUGGAGAGCUGAAGUUGGGUAAAAAUCUCUACACCAAUGAGUAUGUUGCAAUAAAAUUGGAACCAAUCAAAUCAAGGGCACCACAGCUGCAUUUGGAGUACCGGUUUUACAAAACAUUAGGCAGCACAGCGGAGGGUCUUCCUCAGGUCUUCUACUUUGGGCCUUGUGGGAAAUACAAUGCCAUGGUGUUGGAGCUGCUGGGUCCCAGUCUAGAAGACCUCUUUGACCUUUGUGACAGGACCUUCUCUCUUAAGACCGUUUUGAUGAUGGCUAUUCAGCUGCUAUCCCGGAUGGAGUACGUCCACUCCAAGAACCUCAUCUACCGAGACGUGAAGCCAGAGAACUUCCUCAUCGGGCGGCAGGGGCACAAGCAGGAGCACAUCAUCCACAUAAUUGACUUUGGCCUGGCCAAAGAGUACAUCGACCCCGAGACCAAAAAACACAUCCCCUACAGGGAACACAAGAGCCUCACAGGGACCGCCCGCUACAUGUCUAUUAACACCCACUUAGGAAAAGAGCAAAGUCGACGGGAUGACCUGGAAGCCCUGGGCCACAUGUUCAUGUAUUUCCUACGAGGGAGUCUGCCGUGGCAAGGACUCAAGGCUGACACCCUGAAAGAGCGAUACCAGAAGAUUGGCGACACCAAGCGCAACACUCCCAUCGAGGUCCUCUGUGAAAGCUUUCCAGAAGAGAUGGCCACCUACCUGAGCUACGUGAGGCGGUUGGACUUCUUUGAGAAGCCCGACUACGAGUAUUUGAGGACUCUGUUCACCGAGCUGCUUGAGCGCAAAGGAUACACCUUUGACUACACCUACGACUGGGAUGGCAGACCGAUUCCUACUCCAGUGGGGGCUGUCAACGUGGACUCGGGUGCGUCUGCCAUCACGAGAGAAAGCAACGCUAACAGAGACAGGCCCUCUCAGCAACAACCCCUACGGAACCAGACGGCAGCAUCAGACCGCAGAGGGGCAUGGGAUGCACAGGCCCACCGGCAGACAAACUCCUCCUACCUGAGCAGCUCCCACCUGGCCGCAGACAGGCAUGGGGGCUCUGUGCAGGUGGUCAGCUCCACCAAUGGGGAACUGAACGCCGAUGACCCAAUGACGGCCCACUCCAACGCACCUAUCGCAGCGCAGGCCGAAGUGGAGGUGGUGGAUGAGGCCAAGUGUUGUUGCUUCUUCAAGCGAAAACGGAAGAAGAACACUCCACGGCAGAAAUGAUCUCCUGCUACCCUGUCCGGUGUCGCUGAGCGAGUUUGGUUUUAAGGAAAUUAAUGAAGGGACAUUUCUGGGAGGGAGUUGUGAGAGAGACUUGUUAUUACAAGAGAAAAAAUUGGAUUCUUACUGACCUGGACCUACUGAAUGGAACUACUAUACACAUGAAGACCUUGGCCACAAAGUCCUUUCUUUUCUUUUCUUUCUCGGUGGCUGAAUGGAUGAAUGACUAAAUUUGACUUUUGACCUUUCCUCUGGAUACUGGAGGAUGCCUGAGGACAUCUCUUCAUCUGCCCCAGUUUUUUUUCUUUCUUUUGCUCAAGCGGAGAUCAAAAGUCAAGUCUUCCCCCCUCCAUUUCUCUUUUCAGGUGUGAGGAGACCAGUCUAGCAGUCUAUAGACCUCUAUCACCUUUCUCUUUCUUUCUUGUGUCUCUCCUCUUUCUCUCUCACCAAACCCACUCACAUCCACAGUAAAAGCCGGUCUUAAGCUGUCCCUUUUGCUUUUUGUUCAUACAAAUAUAUGUCUGUACAUACGUAGGUGUGGAUGUUUGUUUGAAUGUGCCCUAAUGGCUAAUUGGUUCAUAUGCCACGAAGCUCCUCCCACUCAGCCCUGUUUGACUUUCUUUUGAAGAAGGCAUUAUAGAUGAUGCUUCCUAGUCCUGAAGUAACCUUGCUCCAACACUAGACACCUCCAUGGUCCCUUGUAGAUCUGCAAAGAUGCCACAGAUUCUUUCAAAUCUAUCAAGAAGGGUCUGCAGGUUGAUUUGGGAUUGGCAUAAGUAGUCAAAGCAGAAAGAAACGGUAGAUAAGGAGGGAACACCAAAAGAAGCACUUUUCUAAUGCAUCCUUGCCAGAAAAAAACCUGAUGAGUACCAAUUCACCUCUAAACAAUCACUAAAUUUGCCUGCUGCCUCCAUAUGUGUUAAAAACAAUUGUGCUAAUUUCAAUGAUAUGCAAGAAAAAUGUUAGACCGCAGCGAGUGACCAAAGGGAUGUGUGUGAACAGAGGACCUAUUAUGUUACCAGAUUUAGAUUUAACUGAAAAUGAUUUGUAUUCUAGAUCCAUGUUUGAUGCACUGGUCAUUAUUACCCACCCACUCCUUUUCAGCUUUUCAAUUUCAGGCCAAUUGUAAAAACAUGUUGGCCAAUUGUAAAAAAAAAUUGGCCAAUUGUAAAAAAAAAUUGGCCAAUUGUAAAAAAAAAUGUUGGCCAAUUGUAAAAAAAAAUGUUGGCCAAUUGUAAAAAAAUAAAUAAAAUAAAAAAAAAAAUGUUGGCCAAUUGUAAAAAAUGUUGGGGGGGAGUAUCACCAAUAGAUCUGUUAUGAGUUGCAUUUCGCAUUGCUUUUGGUAACAUUGCCGGUACCUGUAAACUGGUCCCUGUUAUCCACAAACACCUAACUUUGUUUCUGUGUGGAUUUAGGAAAAGUUGCUUCCAAAUGCUGAUCUAAGGUCAGUUGUAGAUUUUUUUUUUUUUUACCUCUCAAUGUUUAAAGCUAGGAUUGGGCUAGAGUGAACUGACACCAGAUGUACACUUUAGGGUGACUUCUACCUCCAGUCUGUCUGUUUUGUAAUGAAUCUGGGACAAGGAGAACAGACUUGGCUCUCCUAUUGAUUUAGAUGCUACUGCUCCUCCUGCUGGCCUUACCAUGUAAUGCCUUAAUCAGACCACCUCUCUUCAGAGCCUAUCAGGAUAGGCAUCUGUUCACUGCAACAACACACCAGCCAAUAAGAAGACAUGUUGACAAGUCUGGUUCCUAUAGAGCAGUGUUGCUCAACUGGAUUCCUGGGGUACCUUAUGGUGUUACAUAUUUUUGUUCUAGCCCAGCCUGAACACCUGAAUCACCUAAUUACAGGUUUAAUGAUUAGUAUUAUUUUUGAAUCAGGUGUGUUUGCUGGGCUAGAACAAAAAAUGGAGUUGCGGUGUGGACGCUCAAGACCUGGACUUAAGAAAUGGAAGCUGUAGAGAGGGAGACUAUACAGCUGCCUCAAUGCCACUUAGAGGUCAAAAUUAUUUAGCCUGUGGAAAUGGUUGCGUUUUAGGAGGUGACACUGUGGUCUCUCACUUUAAAUCAAUUUUAGCGCAGACAAGGUUGAGAAAGCAGAAUUUGAAGAUUUCAAAUAGAGGAACCUCAAUUUCUUUCCUCUAAGGUCAUCAGAGUGAAAGGAAGUGAAGGGCCUUUUUUUAUUCUUCAGAUAUGCUUAUUUGUGUUUCUCUGCAGUCAAAACAUUUGAGGUUGUGAAAUGCUACAUUUUACAAUAAUAUUCUACCCUCUUGGUAAACCUCAGUGUUUACUCCUGAGUGGUUAUCUUGUCUGUUUUCAAUUUAUUUUGUUUUGUGUUGUCAAUGUGAACUGAAAAUGUAUGAUGUCCUGUAAUUUGUAUUUUUUUAAUCAUUGAAUGAUCUUGCUUUUUCAUGGGGGGAUGUAUUUAAACAGCGAUUGAGUGCACUACGUAUUUUGUACCUACUGUUGACUGCAGUUAGAAUGCCAGCCUCGCUCUCUACCAUCUAGAUACUAUCCACUGUUUCACUUGUGUAUUAUGGAAAUGGUGGAAAGAACUCUGUGGCUUUGAGUCAAGCUGGAAGAAUUGUCAAUUUCCUUAUGCUUCUAUUGAAUAACUCCCUUGUACACAGACAGACACACGGGCUUGUGUGAUACGUUCCUAUGAUACGUUUUUAUCUUUGGAGUCAGUUCUCUAGCUGUCUUUUAUAGGGAUGGACAAGCAGAAGCUAUGUAUAUUUUUGAGUAACAAAGCAGUUUUUUUUGUGCUGUGUGCAAAUGUUGUAUUCUUCCUUGAAAGUGUAUGUCUUGAGUAAGUAUCUCUGCAGUUUAAAUUAUUUCAAACGUACUUGAAUUGAAAGAUGUGGGACGAGUCUUAGUCAAGUAGUGGAAUGUCAGGAUUUACUCAAAUGCCAUUGUCUGACUAAAUGAUGUGCUUGUGAGUGACCUUAAUUCAUGGAUGGUCAGUUGAUUCACCCACCUAUCAUUCAGACUUUCAGACAUCGCUGCUGACCACACCAGGAUAAUUGUGAAGUGGGUAAAAGGCUUAGGCUGUUGUCAUGUGGUGUCGCUCUCCUUCUCUUGAUCUCUACCUUUCUCUCUCCUUCACCUUGUUGUUUUUGGUGGCUUCCUCCCUUCCUUGAAGUAAUUAGUGAUAUAUAACGUGACAGUUGAAAGAAAUGGCUUUUCCCGUAUGGAUUUCACCUGUCUAGUCAUGUCCAAUCAGUGAUUACUUGAAGGAAGAGAGAAAGGACUGUAUUUAUCCCAGGCCUUUUGACUUUCUAUGACACUGGUGCAGCAUGGAGGUGCUGACCCCAGUGUUUCUUGAGAGAACAGAGGAUAUAUUUUCCACUAGUUACCACAGCCAUAUUGUCAAAAUUGGCUAUAUCGUAAAAAUGCAUGACACUUUUUGGUCUUAAUUUAAGGUUAGUGUUAUGCAUAAUAUUAGCAGUGUGGUUAGAGGUAGGUUUAAAAUUACAUUUUUAAGAACAUAAAUCGUAGAAGUAGGGGGUGUUUAUGACUUCGUGGCUAGGGUAACUAGUGAAGACCAGAGGACUUUUACUGGCUUAUUCACCGGAGUCCCACACGCCCCCUGAUGGCAGUAUAUAUUUGCCCAUGCAGCCUUCUGAUCCCACUGGGGGUAAUUUUGACGCUGCACAUUCCUUUUCCUCCAUGACAUGUUAACGCAACCUCCUCCGAUGGCAGGGUUUGUUUGAGAUGUCACUCACUGUAUCAGGAUGCGCUGACUAUGAAUAUGUAUACCUCAGAGAAAAGCCAUUACUGUCUCUAGCACACACACGCACACACUUUUUGUUCUCUCAUCUCAGUCUUUGCUCCCCAGUGCCAGCUUCAUGACCUCUAACCUUCCUCUGGUGCCAUGGGUGCUGAAAUGUUAACAUGUUGUAGACAUGAGCCCUAUUCUCUCCUCUUAAGAUGGUGCCAUUUUGACACUUGCGUUUGGUGGGUUAGCUGUAUCAUUGCAAGUGCUUUUGGAGAAACCAUUCAGAAAUAUUGUUUUGUUUUUUGCCAUGUUAUUGCUUACCUGCUGUCUUCCCAGGCCGUGCUUGUGUAACAACCAUACCAUCUCAGAAUUGGUAUGGUUGCGUAUUUCUGACAUUACAUAAAAGGUCUGUUAUUUUGCUUUAGAUCAUUUACGUGACUAAGAAUUCAUGAGGCUUCUACUAUAGUAGUAUUGCUUAUGAUUACACAUCAUUUUUUUCAUUAAGUAUUCUUAACCUGCUUUUCUUGCUUGAUCCCAACAACCAAAGUUAUUGUUUUGGCAUCCUUGUUUUCUUGUCAUUGUACUUCCUUAAUAUUAAUGGAACCACUUACUUUAAUACAUACUUGAAAUGUUUUGCCACAGUUUGUACAUAUGUACAGUCACCUAUAAAUGAUCUAGAUGCUACGGGGGGGCAUGACUUGGUACCCUCUCCAUCAGCAACUAGAAGACGACACUGAGUCAGAUGGCUUUGACCAGUUGUAUCCUCGUCAUGUCUUCUGCAUCUAGGGGUAGAUUAAUUCAACCUGAGGUUUUCUCAUUGGCUUUAAGCACAAUUAUUAUUGUACUGGUAUGCUUUUGUGUAUUUAAAGAAUACUAUCUUGCUUGAAUGAAACGGGUCCAUCAGGGCCUUAAUGACCAUUUAUCGUUGCUGGUUCCUUUUUCAUUCUCACUGUCAUUCCAGACAAUCUCUCCACUUCCUCAGUGUUGGAGAGACCAUUUAUCGAUGGUUGCUUGCAUUUGUCCACAAAUGUGUAGGGCACGAGCUGCAAAGACUGCUCAAGUGAGGUAGACUUUUUCCGACAUUACGUUCAGAGUUGUUUAAACUGUAGACCUCCAGUGGUUAGAGACAAGACUGCAAUAUUGUACUGAUUAUUUUCAAUUGUAAAUUAUGUAAAGUUGAUUAUGUUCAAAUGGGAGUCUAUUUUCUUGAUCCGUUUUUCUUUUCUCCCUCUUCAAAGCUGUCUCCUGUUCUGGUAAUAGUUUCAAAGCUAUGAAUAUGAGUCAAGUAUUACAAUUGUAUUAUGAAUAUUACUGUGUUGAAACAUGAAUGUUACUUCAAAAUGUAUUUGAAUGCUUUAACCUGGUUAAGGGCUCCAAUCGUGAAGAACCCCUUUUUUUUUCAGGUUUUUGAAGAAGAAAAAAAAUUACAGAAAGAAACGAGGUCUAGACUCUUUCUGUCUUAAAAUGCCUACCCCCUUCGCCCCCAGAAGCCUCAAGUGAAAUGUGUCUUGGGACCUUUCCAAAAUCUUACUUUUUAUUCCCUCCUAACUUAAAGGGGAAAUCAAGUUUGCACCCUUUUUUAUGUAAAAUAAAUCUCUCUUAACCUUUA